GAGGAGAACCAAAACAGUGCUGUAGUGUCGCAGCUCGAAUAAGCUAACUAAAGAAUGAAAGCGUAAUUACACAUUGAUUUCAGAGGACAAGUUGGCUAAAAUUUUCUCUCUAAGUGUUCAUAAACAUUCAGUAGUUAGUAAAAUGUCAAUGAGUGCGUCGUGUGAAUCGGUUUCUCAGAAAAGGAGUCUGUCGAGCCUCCUCGCUGGUCGUGUGGUGAAGAGGCCGAAGCAGGGCGAUGACCAGAGACUGCAGGAGGCAACGAUCCAGCUGUUGCAGCAGCAGCAGAACCUCUGCAGUUUACUCAGGGAGGUGGGGAAUCCAGAUCUGUGCAACGUUUUCCACACUCAGAAUGGAGAGCAGAAACAGGCGGAGUCUGAAAGCUCAACUGCUGUUGCAGGUUCAUUGCUGGUGUGUGAGCUGAGGCGCCAGGCCUUGCAGCUGAGUGUCCCGGUGGCAGUGCUGUCAGCGAAGAUGGUGCUGGACAGACUGAUGGAGAUCACUGGAACUGAGGAAGUGAAGGAGGAAGAGGACAAGAGACGAGGGCUUCUUACUUCCUCUCAGCGAGUCCAGCUGUGUGUCCUGCUGGAGUCCAGCAAAGAACUGCUGUCACAGGGAGUCCUCUGCCCUAAACUGCUCUGGCAGGAGUACAGGAGAGAUCAGAGGAUACCUAAGCUGGAGGUUGUGUACCAUCUUCACGUUUACAACAUUGUUCCCCUGAAGUACAUCAUAGAGAGUGAUGAAGGAGUGCGGCUGUGGUUGGUGUCUCAGUUGAAGUCUCUGUGUGGUUGGACGCCUCCACCGGCAGAAGAGGAAACCAAACAAGUUCAGCAGAAAGUGUUGUCAUCAGUGGUUGGAGUCUUGGUGGGGAACGGCUUCGAGCUGAGCCAGGAGCCAGCAGCUGCAGACAGGAGGAUGUCCCUGCUUUGCUGCUCAGUGCUGGACGAUAUGCUCUUCUGGCUUCUGGACAUUGUGGAACACAGUCCGACGCUGCAGCAUGCUGGAGCUGAGCUAUGGAUUCAGAUAUUUGAUGCUUCACUGUGUGGAGUUUCAGCAUCAAUGGAAACCCUUCAGCGGUUUUUAACACAUUCCCUCACACAGACUCUCACUUACAAGCCUCGACUCACAGUGUCAGAUGCCAUCACGAUGCAGAAUGAGUGGACCUUUCCAAAAGCCAGCCGGUUGUUGACCUCUCUUUUCCGUAAGCUGGCUGUGGUCUUCAGUGUGGAGCAGCUGCUGUGUCACCUCCAGCAGGUUCUGGAAACCCACGAGGUCAACUGGAAACACGUCCUGUGCUUCCUCUCCACUCUGCUGGUGUACAACCCCUGCGCCCAGCCCAGCCUGACAGAGUUGCUGUCCAGACUGCUGAGCUCUGCGUUUGAAAGCUACGACCUGGAGAACAUGAUAACCGCCUUCCUGUUGGUGCGGCAGGGAGCGCUUGAGGGACCCAGCAUCUUCCCUUCCUACAGCAACUGGUUCAAGAUGUCUUUCGGUGGAGGCAGUGGCUACCAUGCAGCCAGUAAGAAAUCUCUGGUGUUUCUGCUGAAGUUCCUGUCUGACUUGGUGCCCUUUGAGCCCCCACAGUACCUCAAGGUUCACAUUCUGCAGCCUCCGUAUGUACCUGUGAAACACCGCAGCCUCCUCAUGGAGUACGUCUCUCUGGCCAAGACCAGGCUGGCUGACCUCAAGGAGUCAGUGGAGGACAUGGGUUUAUAUGAGGAUGUUUCUGGUGCUGGUGGAGCGUCAUUGCAGCCCCAGUGCCAGGCGGUCCAGGAUGUGGAGAAGGCAGUGUCUCUGUUUGAGAGCACAGGAAGAAUCUCAGCCACAGUCAUGGAGGCCAGUAUUUUCCGGCGGCCAUAUUUCCUGACACGAUUCCUCCCUGCUCUGCUGAAACCCAGGAUGCUUCCUGUCAAAGCUGAUGCUCGGAUGAGUUUCAUAGAAGCUCUAAAAAAGGCAGAUAAGAUCCCUGCAGCACAGUAUUCAUCUUAUGUGGAGUCCUGCCAGAAACAGAGGCAGCAGGAUGUGAGUGCAGUGUGUUUGGACACUAAUGAUGAUCCUCUGGAGGUCCUGAAGGUUCAGCUGCAGGACUUCACAGAGCUGGUUGUUGAAGGAAAUGAUGGAGAGAUGUCGGCGCAGCUGUCCAGGAUCUCACACACUCUGAGUGUCGUCUUCCCUGGCCGUCAGGAUGAGCUGAUUGAGCAGACAGUCAUCGAAGUUCACAUAAACAUCCCUCUGUCCCCUGAGCUCCAUGUCAAAGCCAUCAGCCUGAUCCUGAGAAACUUCUGCCAGUGCAUGUUAGACACUUCCAGAGCAAACCCUCCUAAUAAACAAAGUCUUUGGGCCUCCAGGUUUGUCAGUGUGCUGCUUGGUAACACACACUUCCUCACCAGCCUCAUACACAGACUCUGGGACCUGUUUCAUAACCAGGGGUCGUCACUGAGUGCUGCCCACAUACUCGGUCUGGCAGCAUUUGUGGUCCACCUCCAUGCCUCCAUGCCCCACAGUCCUCUGGUUCAGCUGGUCCCGCCCAUUCUGCCGAAGCCUGUACCUGUUGGAGAAGCUCUGAGCUCGGCCCUGGUCUGCAGCACACACACUAACAUGCUCCUGUGUGUCAGGUUGUGUGUGGCAGCUGUGUGUUAUGGGAUCUGCAGAGGGGACACACUGCCUCAGCAACAACGACAGGACUACAUCAUCAGCAGCCUCUAUAAGAAGCUUCUGUAUCUCAUCCCAAGACUGUUGCCUGAAGCCAGAAGAACUCCCAACAUUGCAGUUGGUUCGAUGAGUGAAUACCAGGAGGAGAACCUGUCCGGCCUAUGGAGCAGUGCCACAGAUGCCAACAGUACCUGGAGAAAGACUGCAUGGCAUCUGUGGAGGCACCCAGCAUUCAGUCAGCUAGAAGACACACCACAGUAUCAGUUAUUGUUCUCAGAAUGGCUGGCCAACGAGCUCAGAGUGCAGAGAAGUGAAGAUGCUCUGUCAGACCCAGAACGUCAGGAGUUCCAGCAGUGGGCCUGCUUUGAGCUCUACCUGACUCGUCUGGAGGAGCAGGGAGGCUGUGGAGGAGACAUGCAGAACCUGUGCUCCCAUCUGCUCAAUGCCAUCAUGGACCAGCAGCUAAGCAACCAGAGCCUGGAAAAGCUAGACCGCAGAGUGUCAGAAACAGGGACCUGCCUACCAGACGUCCUGUCCAGGUUACAGGAGCUUAUCUAUGAGAUGGAAGCGACUGACCGAUCUGGCAGCCGUGGAAGAAGUGCUGAUGUGUGCGACUUCCUGUUUGAGGCGGUGUCUCAGAGGUGCUCCUCCGCAGUGACCUCAUCUUCAGCGAGCAUCAACACUGAGCUGAGCCUGCAUCACACACUGAACACAUGGAACAGAGUGUUGCUGGCUCUCCCAGCAGCUUUAUUCAUUAAAGUAAAGUCUGAAGGACAGAGGGCAACUCUGGAGUGCAACACGCUGAUAGAACAUGUCAACCAGCAUCAGAGGCAUGUGUGUUCUCCGGUCGGUUUGCUGUCCUGCCAUCUAACAUCACACCUCCUGAGAGGUGUGUUAUGUGCCAGUGUGCGUUGUGGACGCUCAGGGGAAGAAGUCAACAAAACCUGGUCUAAGAUCAGUCUACACUGUCCUCUGCUCCUGGUCUCCACAGUGCACUGGUGGGAGCGUCUUUCUCCAGUGCUGUUGUCAAUGUGGCAUCGUCUGUCUGGCGGGGAGCCUCUACCAGAGCAGCUGCAGCUCCUCACUGACUGUCAGAACUGGGCCUGCAGUUUAGAGAAGGGGCCGUCAGCGUCACCAGUACCUGUGGCUGCAGCUCUGCUGCUGGCUGCCAGCCUGCACCGUGAUUGGAAAGGCCGUGGGGGGAACAAGCAGAGCAUCAGUGCUGGCCUGAAUGUGCUGCGAUCAGAGAGAGGCACACAGCAGCGACAGGUGCUAGUUUUUCUGCUUUUCCUGUGUGUAAACGACUAUCUGUCAUCACUCCUGUAUCCCCAGGAGAGGAGCCACCAGAAAGCCAAAGAUUUCUGCACAGACCUUCUGCUUGUAUUAGUGGACUCUGCUGACUGGCUGCUCAUCUUUAAAUCAAACGAACAAGGUGUGUACCAGUCCAUCACCAUGGUGACAUCAGAUGAGUUUACCCGACUGAUGCCUUGGGCCUUCUACAGCCUGCUGCUCCAGCAGAGCUCUGAGCUGCUGCAGAGAGCCGUGUGUUGUCCAGGGUUCCUCCAUACUGCUGUCCACUGCUACAUCCAGCUGCUGCAGCUUUUUCUAGAAGGACACACACUUCCACCAGCCGCUGAACCCUCUGACAAUCAGAUGGAGCCUUUUCAGAUUCUGAGCCACACCAAGCAGUUUCUGCUGAGAACGAUCUCACGAACGUCCCCGACUGCUCUAUCCUCCAGCCAACUCAGACAGCUGGAGUCCCAGUGUGCAGAGCUGGACCCAGAGGUGGCAGCAGCUCUCUCUGUGCACCUGGACCCUCACAGCCUCAGCCCAGAGAUGGACUUCCUCUGAACAGCUGCAGACUGACAUCCAGGCAGAGAAACUGUCUAAAGUCAACUGUGACACCCUCGUUCUUCUCCACUCCCUCAAGUUUUGGAGGUGUCUCUUUGACAGUAGUAGUAACUGACUUUAUCUGUUUUAAUGUUAUCCAACUUUACAUCUAACAGAAACAUGUUCCUCCUGUAAUAGUAACGAACAGCACCUUAUUGUUCAGAUUCAACCAAUUAACACUCAGGUUUGUAAAAAAUCUUCUACGUUUUAUUCAUGGGUUUUUUUUUUAUACAUAAUGCACACUGGACUUUAUUGUACACUUACAGCCCUUUUAACUGUUUACAAUACAGAUAGAGAGCACUUAGUAUUGUAAUAAGUUAAUAAAAAACUUAAUAAAACUGAACUGAAUGUUAUUGGAAAUCAUUCUGUACAACUAUUUGCACUGUGAGAAGGUUACACAGAACAUACAAGUGCUUCACAUACAUUUAGAAUAUUGCAUUAUAGGACAUACAGCGGCACAGUCGUUUAUAUGUGACUGCUACUGUGUACUUCAGCUAUCAAAUACAGCUUUCUGUAUAGAUCCAAACAGUCCACAGGCAGUGCAAAAUCAUCUUUACAUCAGAUCUGUAACAGAGGCACCAGAAGUGGUUGUCUUGUUUCGAAGUUUCCAUUU